CAAUUUCAAAGCAAUCUUUGUACCUUUGGCUUCCUACUUUCAUAUAUAGAUACAAAAGUAAAAAAAAUAAAGUUCAGCCUAUUAACGAUUUCUGAAAAAAAAUAUUAUGCUCCCAUUUUCUUUUGAAGAAUGCCAAUUUUGUCAUCUAAUCUGUAACAAGUAUAGUAAAGUAGAAGAAAGGACAUAAAAGAAAACGGCAAACUUGCAUUGCUCUUCACUCUCUAAUUUAAAAAUGUUUCGGAUAGCAUUUUCUUUUAAACUUCCCUUUACUUUGUGUUGGCAGUUGAGAAUUUCAUUAUGAAAUUGUUUCUUUAAAUUAGUUAUGAUAAAACAAAUCUGAUCUUUAAAAUGGUGUCUUAGUCUACGAAAUAAGUUUGUCCGCUCUAUCAUUUUUGUUCCCGUUUGUAUUCAAAUUUCGAUUUGAAAUUUCAAUCAUGAUAAAAUAAAACCAACAUGAAAAGAUAGGAAGGAGGUUUCUGUUUUGGGACGGAGGGGUUGACUAAAUAACGUAGUAAAAAUCCCCCAAGUUAUCAAGUUUCCUUAAAAUAUUCUCAGUUCUGUGCCUGUAUCGAAUUAUCUUGAUUGGAUUACGUUGGAAUUAACCAAAUUAGUACCGAAGGAUACGACACACACGUUCGGAGCACUCCCGCGCCAGCUCGGAGCUUACCAAGUUUACCUGGCCCAAAUGCUGAUUUGCUGAUGCGUUCGCCGCCACUCUCCGGUGAAAGCAACCCUUUUUGCGCGACGGUUCCCGCGCAAAUUCCUUGCUUUGGCGACCAGCUACUCGGAAUCAUUCACCCCUUUUCUUAAAGUUUAAUUCUUUGAUUCGUUCAUUCAUUUGAUCUACAUGGACCGAAAGUAUCGCCGGAGCCCUAGAUCGUCUCCGCUUCUUCCGAAAAAGCACGGUGGUGUCGGUGGUGAUGAGUUUCACGAUGGCGGUGGCUUUGAAGUCGACGGGGCAUCCUUUUCCGGCGCUGUUUUUAAUCUUUCCACCACAAUUGUGGGAGCUGGAAUCAUGGCCCUCCCCGAGACGCUGAAACAAUUGGGGAUGAUUCCGGGCUUGAUUUUCAUUAUUCUGGCCGGGAUAUUGACGGAGAAGUCAAUUGAGAUCAUUUUACGGUUCAGCAGAGCGUCCAAGACCACCUCCUACUCUGGUCUCGCUUCUGAUGCUUUCGGAGGCGCUGGUCGGACUUUGCUCCAAUCCUGCAUUGUGAUCAAUAAUGUCGGCACUCUGGUGGUUUAUAUGAUUAUCAUAGGUGAUGUAUUAUCAGGCUCUUUCUCAGAAGGAGUGCAUCAUUCAGGUGUAUUGGAAGAAUGGUUUGGUCAAUAUUGGUGGACGAGGCGAUCUUCCUUGCUUCUUCUAACAACCAUUUUUGUUUUUGCUCCUCUCAUAUCCUUCAAGCGUGUUGAUUCCUUGAGAUAUACAUCAGCCUUGUCUGUAGCUCUGGCGGUCGUGUUUGUGGUGAUUACAGCAGGAAUAGCCAUUAUUAAACUAUUAAAUGGCAGCAUAGGGAUGCCACGUUUGAUGCCGGAACUUGUUGAUCAAGCUUCUUUCUGGAAGCUUUUCACAGCUGUUCCAGUGCUUGUCACUGCCUAUAUUUGCCAUCAUAACGUUCAUCCGAUAGAGAAUGAGUUAACUGACUCCACACAGAUGAAAUAUAUAGUCAGGACAUCAAUCACAUUGUGUACAUCUGUAUACUUGGCGACUAGCUUCUUUGGAUUUCUCCUUUUUGGUGAUCAGACAUCAGAUGACAUCCUUUCUAAUUUUGAUGGCAGUCUGGGGAUCCCAUAUGGCUUGUUGCUUAAUGAUGUGGUGAGGGUGAGCUAUGUCAUCCACCUGAUGCUAGUCUUUCCCAUUGUAUUCUUUUCCUUGCGCCUCAACCUUGACGGUCUCUUGUUUCAACAUGCAAUUCCUAUUGCUUAUGAUGAUCGAAGGUUCUUUGCAGUAACUGCUGCCCUAAUGGGUUUCGUGUUUAUGGGAGCCAAUUGUGUUCCUAGCAUCUGGGAUGCUUUCCAGUUUACUGGAGCUACGGCUACCGUCUCUGUCGGUUACAUCUUUCCCGCUGCAAUAGCUCUUCGGUACGUAGAGAUCUCUGUCUAUAUUAUGUAGAUUAAUGAAUGCAUGAAAUGAACAGGUAUUUUGUUCUAUGUUAAAAAAAAAUUUUAAAAAAUGAACAGGUAUUUUCAGUUCUUGUGCUGUCUCCAAAUCUUUGCUGGGUUGCAGCUUUAGCAAGGUCAAGCUUGGAAAGAUAACCACCUGGAAAGCUUAAGAUUUAAACUUUUAUACAGCUUUUCUGUAGAACUUUGAAACCUAUAAUUUCUGCCCCAAGUUUUUUCACUGUGGGACAUGUAGGGUUAUCAGUCUAAAAGCAGAGCAAGUUGAGAUGACUCUCUGCUAAUCUACUGUGUUGAUAUCAAACAACCAAACAGAUUAUUGAUCUUCACGUGAAAUUGACAGUAGGUUUGAAUGAAACAUGAUCAAAACCAAAAUUUUGGUGUCCUGCUUUGUUCAACAUGGACAUACUUUCUAAUCCACUCUACUUUUGCCUCCAGCUUUUAUCAUUUUUAACCUUAUGUUUAUGUCAUUUUGCAGUGAUACUCAUAAUAUUGCUACAAAGAAAGACCAGCUGGUUUCAUGGGUCAUGAUUGUUUUGGCUGUGUCUUCAAGCACUGUGGCAAUCUGCUGUGACAUUUAUAGCAUGUUCUAUAGCAACUCGGGUAGAUGAUAUUUAAUCCAAGAGGGGGGAAAUGGCUGCCCGGAUCUUGCUACCAAUUUGUAGCCCCUGCCGAUGGUAAUUCAAGCAACUUAAGUGCUUCAACACCUUCAAAAUCCAGUAGGAAUGACUAACUUUUUGACUGACAAUUUGUUGAUACUCUGGAGAAAUUGAAAGGGGGUAUGGCCGUAUGGGGGGGAACCAACAGUCAUUCAUACAAUAUACUGAAACUGGCAUUUUAUGCUCAUUGUUUUCGAAUGGCCUAAUACUUAUGCACAUUGUACCACAAUUUCAUCCAGAAAUCAUGUAUCCUCUGAAGCUGAACGACAGAAGUUGCAGUUCUUAAUUAAGCCUUUACAUGCUGCAUUACCGUCCAAUAUCGUCGAUCACAUUUUGGCUCUUGAACAAGGAGGUUCAAGAAAUGAUUUUCAUAAUUUGAUGCAAAUGUCAAAAUGCCAAAAGGCUUCCAUAAUAUUCCUUUAUAUAACGUAACAAAAUGGAUUUGAAAUGGUGAGGAAAAGUGCUCUGAACGUUCAAGUUGAUGUUUUGUGUCAAAGGCAAGUGACAAAACAGGUAUUUCCUCCCAUCCUCACAUAUUUUGUUCUUCAUGUAUCGUGCGUUACUCUGUCGCAUUAGCUGUUUUUGUUACACUAUUGUUGUCGUUUUGACCCAUCACUACUACUGUAGUAUUUUUUUUUUUUUUUUUCAGUGAUUUUAAAUAAUGUCAAAACUGUGGGGAG